CUCCACACCAGCAGGUGGCGAGAGUUAUGCUGCCGGGCGCUGUUCGUUGGGCAGCAACACAAAUACAUUCACAGCUGUGAUCUGUCACUGGUGCUAAUGUGCUAACGCUGUUAGCGUUUAUUAUUUGUCAUGUUAUUACCUGAAAUAAAAACGGCAUUAAUAAGGUUCUGUUAACGAACUCGGCUCUUCGAACUUUCACUUCAGUGGAAGACUGAUAAUCUGGAGCAGAGGUCGCAGAAUAAGUGAGAUGAAAUGACAACGUCAACACUGCAGAAAGCCAUUGAUCUGGUGACCAAAGCCACAGAAGAAGACAAGGCGAAGAACUACGAGGAGGCUUUACGGCUGUACCAGCACUCGGUGGAAUAUUUUCUCCAUGCCAUUAAAUAUGAAGCCCACAGUGACAAGGCCAAGGAGAGCAUACGGGCCAAGUGCAUGCAGUACCUGGACCGAGCGGAGAAGCUGAAGGACUACCUGAAGAACAAAGACAAACAGGGGAAGAAGCCGGUCAAGGAGGCGCAGAGCAAUGACAAGAGCGACAGUGACAGUGAGGGAGAAAACCCAGAGAAGAAGAAACUCCAGGAGCAGCUCAUGGGUGCCAACCUCAUCAAGAAACCCAACGUGCGGUGGAAUGACGUGGCCGGACUGGAAGGAGCCAAAGAAGCCCUGAAGGAGGCCGUCAUCCUGCCCAUUAAAUUUCCUCACCUCUUCACAGGCAAACGGACUCCGUGGAGAGGAAUCCUUUUGUUCGGUCCUCCAGGAACAGGGAAGUCGUACCUGGCCAAGGCCGUGGCCACGGAGGCCAACAACUCCACCUUCUUCUCCGUCUCCUCCUCUGACCUCAUGUCCAAGUGGCUGGGAGAGAGCGAGAAGUUGGUGAAGAACCUGUUCGACCUGGCUCGCCAACACAAGCCCUCCAUCAUCUUCAUCGACGAGGUGGACUCACUGUGCGGCUCCAGGAACGAGAACGAGAGUGAGGCCGCUCGACGCAUCAAGACGGAGUUCCUGGUCCAGAUGCAGGGCGUGGGGAACAACAACGACGGUAUCCUGGUUCUGGGAGCCACCAACAUCCCGUGGGUGCUGGACGCUGCCAUCCGCAGGAGAUUUGAGAAGCGCAUCUACAUUCCUCUGCCCGAGGAACCGGCCCGGGCCCAGAUGUUCCGUCUCCACCUGGGCAACACGCCCCACAGCUUGAGUGAGCCUGACCUGCGGCAACUGGCGCAUAAAACCGACGGCUACUCGGGAGCAGACAUUAGCAUCAUUGUGCGGGAUGCUCUGAUGCAGCCGGUCAGGAAGGUCCAGUCGGCAACACACUUCAAAAAGGUUCGCGGCCCGUCCAGGAGCAACAACCAGGUGAUAGUAGACGACCUUUUGACCCCAUGCUCCCCUGGUGACCCUGCAGCCAUGGAGAUGACCUGGAUAGAUGUCCCCAGUGAUAAACUGCUGGAACCGAUUGUCUGCAUGGCCGACAUGCUGCGCUCUCUCUCCACCACUCGUCCGACCGUCAACACUGAAGACCUCCUCAAGGUGAAGAAGUUCACAGAGGACUUUGGGAUGGAGGGCUGAGGGAGACAGGAAGCUCCGCCCUCCCACAGUCUGCUGCGCUGCCUCUCCCCCUCCCUCAUUCUUCCCUCUGCUGCUGCAUCACUUCUUGUAGACAUCCUCCUUUAUCUCUGCCCUGCCCACUGCUGGGCUCUACUACCCCCUGGUGGACACAAAACAAACAACGAGGCAGAAAGAAAGAAGAAACGUUUGAUUUAACUCCAGUGUUUUUAUUUAACUCCUCCGACUGCAUCGACCGCAGGAGCAGCUCCACUUCUCCUCAUCUUCCCAGACUCCACAUCAUCACAUGUAGGAGAACAAACAGGUGAAGUCUGACUGAGUUGUUUUUUUUUUUUUGACUCUGACUGAAGCUCCUGAACGUCUCACUGCCACCGUGCACUUUUUGUUAUAAUUUGGCAGUAAAUAAAUGAAGGACAGAGACGGGGGAGGGGGAGUGAAUGUGUUUUCAUGUUUUAAUGAAUCAUUUUUGUUGUGUGUGUGUGUGUUAUUGUUGUUUUAUCUAUGAGUCGUUCAGUGAAUUCUUCGGCUUCGUUGCUGACUCAACAUUUCAUAGAACAUCAAGUGAAGAAAAAGUUCCGUUCUUCAGUUCUGUCUCGGAGUCGAUGGAAAAAGUCACAGAUUUUCUCCAUGGACUUUGAACCAGUAACAUUCAGACUGGAGGAGAC